UACAGACCAAAAGCUAAGAAAAUAUAAUUUACUGGACACCCUCCCGGUGUGCCAAGAUUUUAAUAGAUCUCUGUGCAGUCGGUUAAAUUGCAGAUUUGUUCAUUUAACUGAAGACGACAAAGUUGAAGUAUGUGAUCAACGUGUGGCUGUGUGUCGUGAUCAUGCUAAUGGUCAGUGUAGACGUAAACUUUGUAAAUACUAUCAUAUACCGGUUGCAUUACCGCCGGCAAAUAUUAUGGCUACUAUAUUCAAUCACCAACCAGCGCAACAGCCAUUGCAUCAUCAAAAUCAAUUAGGAGCUGCAUCAACAAAGUCCCCCAAUGAGCAUAAACAACAAGAGCAGCUACAAAAACAACAACUUACUAUUACAAAGAACGCUAAUCGUGCAACUUCAGCAACAUUUACCAGCAUAAGCAACUACAAUAACAAUAAUAACUUAAUGAAUAGUUUUAGCAAUAAUAUUCUCAACACAAAUAUUACUGAAAAGAAUAAAAAUAUUUUAGCACCUUAUCAACACAACACCAUGUCACCAACACCGCUUUCGCGACAAAUUUCAUCAUCCUCAAUAAAGUCAUUUACUGCGGCACAAAAUUUUGCUUCACCGAAAUCAAAAAGUGAAUCACCCAGCAUCUUUGCCCUUACUACAUCAACUAGUACAAUCCCAACUCCCGUGAUGGCAGCAAAAACUUCUAAUAUAUCUGCUACAGCUACUGCAAACGUUUACACUCCUACUUUUCAACAUUAUUUGAACACACAGCAACUUAUUACGCCAACACUUGGGUAUUACGAUAUCAUAGAUCCUAGUCUUAGCAAUAUAAAUACAAAUUGCUUUUCUGUUUUACCAUCAAAUCCAACAUAUGCAGCUGCCCCAAUGCUUUAUAGAUCAGCAUCAGCAACACAACACAAAAAUGAGGAUUCAUGUGAAGCCAGCAACCUGAAGAGAAUUCAAAUAAAUUCAAAUAUAUUACAUCAGUAUCCUUCUAAUACUUCAAAUCUUCCAGAAACUAUUACGACGUCCACGAAAUAAAAAAAAAUUGUUUGCCUUAGCUUAAAAAUAUAUUGUCAACAUCAAGACUUUGAAUAAACCAAAAAUUCAAUAUUUGAACACCAGCUAAGAGCUCGAGAUUUUUAAAGUUA